UCACCGAGAACCCUAGACACUCCCAAUUUCGCCUCCGAUUCUUGCUUUACUUCGAGUGUUAGAAUCGCUUCUUUUCUUCUUUCCAGUUUAAUUUUAUCGUCUUCUUGAUGGCUCCCAGCCGCAGGAAAGGCGGUGGUAAGGCUGCCGCCGUAGCUGCCGCCUGCCGACAGUGGAAGGUGGGCGACCUUGUGCUCGCCAAAGUUAAAGGGUUUCCUGCGUGGCCUGCCGCGGUUAGUGAGCCGGAAAAGUGGGGAUAUUCAACUGAUUGGAAGAAAGUGUUGGUUCACUUUUUUGGAACACAACAGAUAGCUUUCUGCAAUCCUGCUGAUGUUGAAGCUUUUACAGAGGAGAAGAAGCAAUCACUUUUGACAAAACGACAUGCAAAAGGGUCAGAUUUUGUUCGUGCUGUAAAGGAGAUUACUGAAAGUUAUGAGAAGCUUAUGCAGCUAGAGCAAGCUGGUGAUCCCAAAUCUUCUGAAGAAGCCACUCUUGGGAGUGCUGAGAAUACUACACUGCUGCCUCAGGUCAGUGAAACUCCAACUGGGACAAGUCUAACACAAAUGAAGUCUGAUCCUAGUCAUGGUAGAGAUGAAUCUACUCUGCUAAAUGAGGAUGCUUCAGCUGCUGAACAGAUGCUAGCCCUGCGUGAUGACAGUAUACUACGUAACGAAGCCUGUGAUAGUGCAGUUGCUAAAGAACCACGUAAGAUAGCAACAUAUUCUUCAAGGAGAAGAAAUGGAGGGGCACGAUCUCAGAAUUGUGCUCCCCAAAAAACACAAAAAACAACUUGUUCGGUUCAGCACUCUAAAAGUUCAUCAAGGUUGCAAACAUAUAAGCUUCAAAGCUCCAUGUUGCAAUACAGCGAUGGUGGGCAGAGUAUAAAUGACGUGGAAGAUGGAGCAUUAAGAAGGAGAAAAAGGAUCAGAAGAUUAUCAGGUCAUUCUGAAUCAGAUGAUGUGGCUUCAUCAGCUUUAAAUUCAAAUGGAAGUGACGAAGAAAAUGCCUCUGAAAUUGCGACAGUUGAAUCUGAUAAUAAUACUUGGAAUGAAGGCAAUGGUCUAGAUUCUGGUUCCAAAGUCGAGCAAAUUGAUAUUGGUGGAGAGUUUCUCGAAGGAGAUUAUGAGCUCAACAAGGGGCUUAACUUCCAAAUUAAUACCAUGGUUAAGAGAAGGAAGAGAAAGCCGACCAGGAAACGUGGUACUAGUGAUCUUGUUGAUCAUACGUCUAAAGUUGAGGCAGAAGCAGGUCUUGAGGCUGGAGCUGGUGAUAAUGUUCGAACAUCACAAAAUUCUCAUGAAAGGUUUACUGAGAGGCCUUGUGAAGAAAACGGGGAUGAGCACUUACCUCUGUUGAAACGAGCCAGAGUCAGGAUGAGUAGAGCAUUUUUAGGUAAUCAUGAGGUUAAUGGCUCUUCGCAGGUUGAAAAAAGAUCACCUAAGGACACUCUGGUCAGUGCAAUAGCGCAGACAAGCCCUACUGAUAUAAUUUAUAUUCAAGAUACUAUCGCAGUCGAAGAAUCUAGAUUUUUAGCUAAGCUCUCAGGUGACAUGGUUAAUGUAGUUCCGUCUCCAUCUGAGGCUUGCGUUCAGACUGUGGGAGAGAGUGAAUAUGCUAUGGGGUGGAAUGAACUUAGCAAGGCACCAGAUGAUGAAGCAGCUCGAUCCCAAUCUAAUCAAGUUAGCAGUUUGCCAGCUGGCGAAGCUCAGACAGCUAGUGUCCCUGAAACUAUAUGCUCCGGGGAUUUACAACCAAUGAAGCUGCCAACUAGUGAGUCUGAUCUUCCGGUCGUACAGUGCUAUCAAGUUACUAAAAUUGAAACCUCCUUGGAUCCCAAUACUGUGGAUUCAUCUGCUGACAAGGCCUCUGUGAUAUGCUCAUCCAGUAUACCUUCUCAAUUAUCUGGUCAGGACAGAAGCCAGGACCUAGAUGCUUGUGACUCAUUGGAAAAUUCUCGUGAAAAUCUGAAUGAAGAAGGCAAUAAUGAUGCUUGUGUGGCGCAGGUUGUUCAAUCUAAAGGUGUAGAGCAUUCUCCAUCGCCUUGUUUAAUGGUGAUUGAGCAGGAGAUUGAGAAGCUGCAAAAGACUGAUAACAUGCUGCUGAAAGAAGAGCAUGGAUGUCUGGGUGAAGAAUAUGCUAUUGCCAAUCCAGCUCAACCAAAUCCACCCAUCUCCGCUACUGAAAGUGAUGUGAUAGUUGAUGAAAAUGUACCUCUGAAUGAAACAGGGUGUAGCAAAUGUGAGGACGCUGUUGAGGGCAGUCAGCAGGAGAACAUGAUUGGCGAGACUGAUGAACAGAAGCAACAGGUCCAAGCGAACAAUUCUGUCUCAGUAUCUGAGAACCUUUCACGUGAACAAAUGAGUUUAUCUCCUGCUAAUAUCGCAGACACUCCUGCGAUGGGCACUCCACAUAGCAACUCAGUUUAUUACCACAUUUCUACCGCAGAAAGUGCAAAUGAUAUACAGAACAACAGUAGUUGCAGCCCAAAUGUUCAAUCUGGUGAGAAGAAAAUUGUUUCCGAUGCCAUUGUCAACGAAGAGAAAAUUGAAACAGGUGUAUGUCAGGGACAGAAAGUUGUUAGUUGUGAUGUGCAAUCCACUAGUGAAUCUUUUGAGGAUGCACUUGACUCAUUGGUGCGGACAAAGGAGAGUAUUGGCCGAGCAACUCGUUUGGCUAUGGACUUGAUGAAAUUUGGUGUGUCUGCAAAGGCUAUGGAGAUUUUGGCUCAUACUUUGGAAAGUGAGUCUAACUUGAAGAGGAGGGUGGACUUAUUUUUCCUUGUGGAUUCUAUCGCUCAGUGCUCCAAAGGUCUGAAAGGUGAUACUGGUUGUGUUUAUCUUUCAGCCAUUCAAGUAAUUUUACCUCGCCUAUUGGCGGCUGCUGUACCUGCUGGAGCUACCACACAAGAAAAUCGGAAACAGUGCUUAAAGGUUUUGAAGCUUUGGCUUGAAAGACGGAUCCUGC